UAUUUUUACUUCAUUUUUUCCGUUCUGGUAUCCGUAUUUUACACUUGUCAUUUUGAUUCCGCGAAGCAAAUAUUUAAUAUGGCGCCUGUUGCUGAGGGAAACAUGGAAGAGCGGAAGUUCAAAAAUACACUGAUCUUUAAUGCGUCAAAGAGGGAACUUUUUACAAUCAACAAUGGAAUGAAAACAUUGAACAGAAAACUGAAAACACAAUGGAAAAUCCUGGUCAAUAAAGAAGAAAUAACAGAGGAGAAGCUAUGUGAUGGUCGGGUGUUUGUCUUGACAGGAUCAAGAGAGAAAUUCACUUCAUCAGAGUUUGAUGCAAUGAAGAAAUAUGUGGAGCAAGGUGGAAGCAUCUUGGUGAUGUUGGGGGAGGGGGGUGAGAGCAGAUUCGAUACAAAUAUUAACUUCCUAUUAGAAGAUUAUGGCAUCAUGGUUAAUAAUGAUGCUGUUGUUAGAACAUCAUUUUACAAAUACUACCAUCCGAAAGAAGCACUAGUUUCUAAUGGAGUUUUAAACAGGGCUAUAAGCAAAGCUGCUGGCAAAGUGCUUAUGGUUGGUGAUGAAGAUGAAAAUAAUGCACAGGCAUUGACAUUUCUGUACCCCUAUGGAGCCACUCUAAAUGUGAUCAAGCCAGCCACUGCAAUACUCUCUACCGGAACUGUCUCAUUUCCAGUGAACAGACCAAUCUGUGGCAUAUAUAAAUCUAAGUCAAAUCAAGGUGGCAAGAUUGCUGUGCUUGGCUCAGCACAUAUGCUUUGUGAUCAGUACAUUGAUAGAGAGGAGAACUCUAAGAUAAUGGAUGUGCUGUUUAACUUUCUCACAACAGAUGACAUCCAACUCAAUCAGAUAGAUGCAGAGGACCCAGAGAUAUUUGACUACAACAUGCUCCCAAAUACUGCAAAGUUAUCGGAGCAGGUGAAGACAUGUCUACAAGAGAGUGACGAAGUUCCCCGUGACAUCACUACAUUGUUUGAGAGUUCUUUAUUCAAGUUAGAUACAAGCAUGGUCCCAAGGGCUAUCAGGGCCUUUGAACAGCUAAAUGUGAAGCAUGAACCCUUGACAUUGAUAACACCUCAGUUUGAGACACCACUACCCCCGUUACAGCCUGCUGUAUUUCCUCCAACUUUUCGGGAACUUCCCCCUCCAGCGUUAGAUCUUUUUGAUCUUGAUGAACAAUUUUCCUCUGAAAAAGUGCGUAUGGCACAAAUCACAAACAAAUGUACUGACGAUGAUAUGGAAUAUUAUGUGAGAGAAUGUGGAGAAGUAUUUGGAGUUUCAAACAAAUUACCUGCUAACUCUAGAGACGCAAAACAUAUAUUGGAGUAUGUGCUUCAUCAAGUUGUAGAGUUUAAAAAAUUGAAUCAGGAAAGCGAUGUGGAUACUGCACAAUUUGGUGGUGGGGGAUUUGGAGGGGGUGGCGCAGAUACAUUUUCCUGAAUAUUGAUCUGAUAAUUGGCAAUCAUCAACUCAGUAGUCUUAGUGCUUUACUUCACUCUGGUUAUCAACUACAGUCCAAAUGUGACUCACUUUGGCACAAGACUUGCUGUCAUUGUAGUGCGACUUGGACAUGCAUGUACACUCAAUGAAUACAUUGAAUGGACAAUGAUACCUGCCUAUAAGUUAUCAUUAUAUAGUACAUCAUAGAAGUAGUUUUUCUUAUGAUUACUUUAAGGCAUGAAGAAUAAUAGUCCCAAUUCAUUAAAAAAACACCUCCGUCCAUGGUAUGGCUUUUGUUAAUAUAUUAAUGUCCAUCAAAGAAACAAUAUUUCUUUCCUUAUAUUUCAAUGAACCCUCAGAUGCUACACAAAUGCAUGGCUGAUACAGCAAUAACAACAAAAAAUAGCCUUGAACCUAACCAAAAUAGGUAAUUUGAAGUACAUUAAUACAUUGGCCAAGCCUAAAAGACAACAUACUCAGACUCUUUCUUUCGUGAUAUUUCUCACUUUUAGCUUGAUAUGAUAAGUAACAGAAGCUGAAUGAUGAUCAAGUUUUAUUCAUUCUCUUUAUUUAUAUCCCUGUGGAAUUAUAUUUGUAGAUAUUUGUAAAUUUAUUUGUAUAUAUUGAAAAUAAAUACAAGAUGCUAUAUGUGU